AUGAUCCUUCCAGAAGCUCCAAGACUUCGGAUACUUACCCGGAUCCCGAGGGCGUCUUUUCGGGCCACCAAUUUUGCUCCAGGGUACAUCUCACGUUCCUUUUCAACGGCCUCAUCAGGAAAACCUAAAGCCAAAGGCAAAUUCGUCAAGUUCGUUGCAUUCUUUUUGGCUACGGGCUCUUUUGCAUACUAUGCUGACAACAAAUGGGCGCAUUCUGCUGUCACUAGGACCGUCCGUUCCCUUUCUGUCCUCACCAGCAUUCUGAUUGAUUAUAAGCUUCAUUUCAAUGUUGACGAUGAUAUAUCUUCCCUUCAUGAAAGAUCCGCUACCAAGCUUCUGGAGCUCAUCGUCUCUAACAAGGGUCUUUACGUCAAAGUCGGGCAAAUAAUGGCUCUCCAGUCGGCCAUAUUUCCCAAAGAAUUUAGAGAAAAGUUUCGACAUUUGUACGAUCAAGCUCCACGGGAUGAUUGGAGCGAAGUCGAUGGAUUGCUGGCCAAAGAAUUGGGAGAUGAUUAUAGAGAGAAGUUUUCAAGCAUAGAAAAAAUUCCCAUCGCCAGUGCUUCAAUUGCUCAAGUUCAUGAGGCAACGUUGCUGGAUGGCACAAAGGUGAUACUCAAAGUUCAGCAUCCUGCUAUUGCACAUCAGCUGGAAUUAGAUCUCUUUACUUUCAAGAAUGUGCUCCGAUUGUAUGAAUGGGUGUUUGAGGUACCCUUGAGUUUCAGUGCUGAUUAUAUUAUCGGUGAAAUGCGUAAGGAGGUCGACUUCAAAGUGGAAUACAAUAACACUACCACUUUUGGAAAUCUUGUAAAUAAUUCUGAGUUCAAGGGCAUCAUUUCAGUUCCCCAGUUGUAUCCUGCUUUUUCCACGUCCAGGUUGAUAACAAUGGAGUACAUUGAAGGUAUUUCUUUAGUUAACAGUGAGGCUAUCAGAGCGAGCAAUUUCGAUGUUCAUCAGUUGUUGGAAGUUUUGAUACGGUGCUAUGCAAAACAGAUUUAUUCAUGGGGGUUCUUCCAUGCGGAUCCCCACCCGGGCAAUUUCAUAGUGAGAAGACUAGAAGAUAAUAGUCAGCAGUUGGUCGUCAUUGACUUUGGGCUGUGCAUUUCCUUGACUGAUGAUUUCAGAAGAACGUAUAGUGAUCUAUGGAGAGCUAUCUUAGAACUGGAUUAUGAUAAAUUGGCGGCUAUCUCUAAGAAAUGGGGAAUUCAAUCAACUGACAUGUUUGUGGCCAUGACUUCCAUGUCUACCAGGGGAGUGAAAGACCUUGAAGAACGAGCUGAAAAGAUCAAGAACCUCUCCAACUAUGAGAAGCAACUUGUUAUUAGGGACAAUCUGGUUAAUUUUUUUGAAAACUCGGACAAGUUCCCACAAUGUCUAUCAUUCAUUGCAAGAUCAAUGCGUAUGAUACAACUACUCAACUACAAAUAUGGAAGCACAGUCAACCGCUUGAAAAUAUUCAACGACGAACUCACAAAGGCACUGAAAGAAGACAUAGUACUAAGUGUGAGAAGCAAUUUGGAUAAACCAUCAUUUCGAUUAUCCCUGCUUCAAGUCUAUAGAUAUGCCGUUUUCACGAUUGUCAAGCUGGUGAUAAACCUGGUGUUCAACUUUUACAGACUUCGAAGUGCUAUUUUUGCCAAGUUCAAUAAACAAGCUAACACCUUCGAACAAGAACUUGAGACUCAGAUGCUUAACAUGGGAAACAACUUUGGGCUUCAAUUGGAGAAAGGUGAUUUAUUCUUGGAUAACGCCAAUAACGACUGGAGAUAA